CUGCGCACUGUUUUCAUUCCAGAGCCACCUAAGACCAGCACGCUUCCAUGGCCUACGCCUGACCCAGGCUCUGUAAAGGACACAACGUUUACCAUUUUAACCAGACCAACGCUGCCGACUUGCUGCUCUGCAACACCCAGGACAGCAGGUCCACCAGACCAACACACCAUGGAAAACUAUACCAUGGACUUAGCCGACUGGCCACUGACAACAGAAUUUGACUACAGCGAUUCAACGCCAUGCCCAGGAACUGAGGAAAAACACUUUGCAGCAAAACUUCUGCCACCGCUUUAUUCUUUGGUGGUGAUAUUUGGCCUCACGGGCAACAUGCUUGUUGUCCUUAUCCUGGUAAAAUACAAGAGAUUGAAGAGUAUGACUGACAUCUACCUGCUCAAUUUGGCAAUUUCUGAUUUGCUGUUUAUAUUUUCUCUCCCUUUUUGGGCUUAUUAUGCUGUUCACGACUGGAUUUUUGGGGAAGCGCUGUGUAGAAUUCUCUCAGGUGUCUACCUGCUUGGCUUCUACAGCGGGAUCUUUUUCAUAAUCCUGUUGACCCUAGACAGGUAUCUGGCCAUAGUGCAUGCAGUGUUUGCUUUAAAAGCUAGGACAGUUACCUACGGCAUCCUCACCAGCGCUGUCACUUGGGCUGUUGCUAUUUUUGCUUCUGUUCCUGGGAUAGUAUUUCACAAAACUCAAAAGGAAAAUUCACGUUAUACUUGCAGUGCUCAUUAUCCACCAGAGCAGAGAAAUGCAUGGAAGCAAUUCCUGACCUUAAAAAUGAACAUCCUGGGACUUGUUAUUCCAAUGUUAAUUAUGAUCUGUAGCUACACACAAAUUAUAAAGACAUUACUGCAGUGCAGGAAUGAGAAGAAACAUAAAGCAGUCAGGCUUAUUUUUAUCAUCAUGAUUGUCUACUUUUUUUUCUGGGCACCAUACAACAUUUGCAUUCUCUUGCGUGAUUUUCAAGGUACAUUUUCCAUCACUACUUGUGAAGGCAGUGGUCAACUGCACAAAGCAACCCAAGUGACAGAAACAAUCUCCAUGAUCCACUGUUGUAUCAACCCUGUAAUUUAUGCCUUUGCUGGAGAAAAAUUUAGGAAGUAUCUUCAUAGCUUUUUCCAAAAGCAGAUUGCAUUCCACUUCUCUAAAUACUGUCCCGUUUUCUAUGUUGACACAGCUGAACGGGCUAGCUCCACCUACACACAAUCUACUGGAGAACAGGAAGUUUCUGCUGCAUUGUAAGUUGUGUCUAGCGAAAAAGUGGAAUUGACUUUUGUGAAAUCAAGUCUGUGAUGAAAGCCUGCAGAAUCUGUCCUGGAUAUUGGCUCUAAGACAGCUGCAACAGAUCA